AAAUGGCAAUCACGGCAAUCGCCAUCGGCGAAUCUGUUGCUGUUGCUGUGUAGUGAACUUCAGUAAUCAUUUGUGAAUUGUGUUUUAAUUUGUUAAUAGGAUAUAUUAUGAAAAUUAAGUUGUUGUCGAAGAACAGUUUUGUAUCAAAUAAGUGCUGAUGAUCAAUGUUAUGUAUUUACAUAGCUACUAAGACGUGAUUGUGUAGUGACUAGUGAGUAACGAUUUGAGAUUGCUUCGAAGCCUUCUGUGUGAUAAUCGUGUUGUUUUAUUAUUGCUACGGAUAUACGAUACGGAUUUUUGAACAGAAAUGCAGGCGAUCAAGUGUGUCGUCGUUGGCGAUGGUGCCGUCGGUAAAACAUGCCUGCUCAUCAGUUACACAACAAAUGCCUUCCCCGGCGAGUACAUACCUACAGUAUUCGACAACUACUCAGCGAAUGUGAUGGUAGAUGGCAAGCCGAUCAACCUUGGCCUCUGGGAUACCGCUGGGCAGGAGGACUACGACAGGCUCCGUCCGCUCUCCUACCCGCAAACGGACGUGUUCCUAAUAUGCUUCUCGCUCGUCAACCCGGCUUCCUUCGAGAACGUUCGGGCUAAGUGGUACCCAGAAGUGCGGCAUCACUGUCCGUCGACGCCCAUCAUCCUUGUGGGGACGAAGCUCGACCUGCGCGAAGACAAGGAUACCAUCGAAAAGUUGAAGGACAAGAAACUAGCUCCCAUCACCUACCCACAGGGCCUAAGUAUGGCGAAGGAGAUCGGCGCGGUGCGGUAUCUAGAAUGUUCCGCGCUCACGCAGAAGGGCCUCAAGACGGUGUUCGACGAGGCGAUCCGCGCGGUGCUGUGCCCCGUGCAGCCCGUCAAGGUGAAACGGAAGUGCGUGCUGCUGUAAGGGCUGCAUAGAUAGUGUAGAAAAGCUGAAGCCAGUGCAAACAGCAUUGCUAGCAACAAGCCGCACCACCAUCCGUCGAUUCCGACACCACAGUGCGCUGACACAAACAAUGGACUGCAAAUGCAUACAUAGAUGUUAAUUUUUAACGUUAAUAAUCAUUAAUGUAACGUGGAUGUGAGUGAGGUCCGUAUAUGUAAACGCUUUUGUAUUAUCUGUGAAAUGACAUUGACAUUUCUCUAUGGUUACAAUAUGGCAGUCGUUUUAUACAAUUUUAAACGUAAUAUUUCGUAUUUUUUGGGUGCUUUCACUGACGCUGGAAAUAGAAUUAAUACAUUCCUACAUUAAUUAAAGGUUAUUUGCCCACCACUUGUUUUUUUUAUUGUCGUACAUUUGGCUCUGACCACACGGAUAAGUGGUCGUUCGUUUGACGUGGAAUUGUUAAAUUUUAUGUUAGGCAGAGAUUAUAUUUUUCGAUUAUUGCUUAUUUUUGUUUCCAUUGUUGUAUUUCAUGGUAGUUUUCGAUAAGUACAUAUUCAGUAUUCGCUAAGAGUUUAUAUAUGUACCUAUGUAUAUUGUAAUUUUAAUUAACAGCAUUAAUUACAGUGAAAUAAAUAUACAUUAUUAUUGGCGAAUGUCCUACAGCGAUCGAGAGCGAGGUACAAUAUUUAAAGGUGGAUUUUAUAAGAUUAUUGUUUAAGUUUGAUACAAAAUUAU